AUGGAGUUCCAAAAAUCUCUCUUCAUUUUCUUUGUUUUUCUUGCUUGCUUUCUCUUCUCUUACUCUCAAGCAUACAAGUUCUAUGUUGGUGGCAGAGAUGGCUGGGUCUUGAACCCCAAAGAAUCCUACAAUCACAGGACAGGAAGAAACCGCUUCCAAGUCAACGACACCCUCUAUUUCAAGUACAAGAAAGGAGAAGAUUCAGUUUUGGUGGUGAAGAAGGAUGAUUACUUGAAGUGCAAGAUUGAGAAUCCGAUCAUGAAAAUGGAGGGUGGAGAUUCAGAGUUCAAGUUUGAUCGCUCUGGUCCUUUCUAUUUCAUGACAGGGAACAAACACCAUUGCAUCAAAGGCCAAAAACUCAUUGUUAUUGUCUUAGCAGUCAGGAAAACUAAGCCAUUUCCAACACCAGCACCAGCACCAAAAACCCUACCACCUUUUGCUCAGCCGCCGACCACCUUCCAACCACCUCCUCCGGUGGCCCUACCUCCAUCCCCCACAUCACCAUCUCCAAUUCCUCUAGUCCCUUCCCCUGAAAUCCCUACAUUCUCGCCAACACCAACAUAUGUAACUCCUGCGCCAAGCACUGCUUCCCCUGUAGUGGCUCCGGUGCCUGCAGUGUCUCCCACUGCACCUUCUGCAGUGACUCCUACACCUGCAGCGAAUACUCCCACUUUAGCUCCAACGCCGUUGACAUUAACACCUUCCUUGUCUCCGGCAAGCAACCCAACGGAAGGGUCGCAGGGGAAUACCUCGAGUCCGACUGCAUCACCGGGAUCUGGCACUCCGGCCGACCUUACUUCUCCGGCACCGGCACCACCCAAGUCGAGUUCAUUUGCUGUAACUCCAUCAAGUGUCAUGGUGUUUGUAGUUACUGUGUUCAUGUUUUGAA